AUGUCUUCACAAGCCAUAUCCGAUUAUCUUGCCAAGCAGAUUUUUAUUGAGCGAAAUAUUGUAACAUAUCGAUCACUUAGUCGAGAGUUCGGUAUACACGUCAACAGUGCAAAGAAUGAACUCGCAAUGUAUCACGACAAUGCACCAUAUCAAUCACAAAGUUGUGUCGCGACAUACCUACUCAGUGGAGAGCUUUCAUCGCGCAAAAGGAGUUAUGAUGAUUUUGAGGACGUCGAUAUGGGCUUCGAGUUGACGCAGAGUGUGGACGAUGGCGAACAGGAAGAUUGUGACGGAGACGAACUUCCACGGACAACGAUUAUGGUUGUAAAUGAGCAAGACUUGGAAUCUGCGAUAGCUCCAUUUUUUGAACCACCGUCGAUCCACGUAUACAGCCUCUCUCCAGCGCCGCUUCACGAUGCCGGCCUUCUUUGCACCCCCACGGACUUCGUCCGGCAAACAGACAAUGCUAAAGGGUCGAAGCUUGCAGUCACCGUCGGCCGUGUGAUAGCUGCCAACAUACGGACGAGAGUAGGCGCGAAGAAAACUACAGCGGCCGAGUCAUUAAGGCCCAAACCACGCGUAGCCCCAGAAGCGAAGCCUCCGGUUGCGAAGGGAGUUGCACAGGAUAAGACGGAGAAAUCUAAAACCACGGCGGACAAACCCAAUGAAAAGCCCAAAGCAACAGGUAAACUUGGAUUUUUCAAGGCGAAACCAAAAGAAUCGAAGGAUGUGAAAGAGGAGAUUAAGGCGGAUGAUAAUAAGAAGCAAUUCUUCGGUGCAAAAAAGGCUGCGAAUGCACCACCUUCACAGUCUCUCAGUGUAACAAGUAAGAGUUUGGACAAAGAAAAGCCAAACAUACACUUCAAUAUCUGUCAAAUUCUAAUUGACCAAUUUAUAGAUCCACCUCAGAGGAGCCUCAAACGGAAGUCGACUGCUAAUGCUUUGUCCGACGAGGACGACGACAAGGCUACAACCUCUGCCCUACCGUCCGCCCCCUCCAAACCCAAAGAGAAGUUACGGGUCAGAAAAGGUGUUCUCUUGUCUGACGAUGAAGAACCUCCUCAAAAGGACACUCGUCGAUCGAGGCUGAGCUCGAGGGCGCAAAGCUUGGUAAAUUCGGAGGCGGAGAGGGAAGCCCACGCUUUGAUGGAUAUUGAUGAUGAGGAUGUGGUGCGGGUAACCAGAAGCGAGGUCAUAGCACGGAGAGACGAGGAUGAAGGCGAGGAUGAAGAAGAAGAAAAGCAUGAAGCAGAGGUUGACGCAGUAAAGUCAGAAGAUGUUGAAAUGGCCGAAACGUCAAAACUGAAAACAACAAGAAAAAAGAAGGAGAAGAAGGUAAUUCCAGUGGGCAAGAAUGGAUUGAAGAAGAGGAAGGUUAUGAAAACGCGCAAAGAGAUAAAGAACGGUUACAUGGUCACAGAAGAUUAUACUGACUGGGAAUCUGUUGACGAAGAAGAUAUGGAAGCAACUGUAGAUCCACCCAAAACGAAAGGGAAAGGUAGAGCCAAGGCUUCCAAAAUUGCAAAAAAAGAGCCCGAGGAGGAAGAAGAUAAUUUGGCUGCAACCAGUGAGGAAACCCAACUGGAAACCGCUGCCCCCACGAAAUUGACAGUGAAGCCCCCCGCCAAGCCAUCGAAACGGACCGCAGGCAGUUCAAAGGGAGGACAAAAGAGUUUGGCCAAUUUCUUUGGUCCUCCAAAAGCCAAGAAAAUAUAA